AACUUUCCCCUUGUUUUAACAGAUCAAUAAUGGUCCAACACAGCAUCCCAGAACUUAGUAGAUAUUGGGUGGAGAAUGGGGUGAAAGGGGUGAAGUAGAGGAAGCCCCUCUAGUAAGAUAGAAGAGAAGCCAAAGAAAACAUUUCAGAACAUUUCAGUUAACAUUAAAUGCUUGAAAAAAGUAGUUCAUUUAAAACAUACACAUGACAAGACACAAUUUGAGAUGCGUGGACUUUUACGUGGUACUUUAUAUUGUGCACUAUGGUACAGCAGCAUAGUGGCUGGUUUUCUAUUUAUUGCUUGCCCUAUGUUACCACUGUUAUUUUUUAGUCCUCCAAAGUUUCGAAAAUGUGGUGAUCUAUUACUUUCUUGUUGGGAACUUUAUUCCACAGCUCUUUUAAAAGUAUUUGGUGUAAAAAUUUUGGUAUCAGGAGACCAUAUAUCUCCAAAUGAAUCUGCUGUUCUUGUAAUGAAUCAUAGAACACGGGUAGAUUGGAAUUUUUUGUGGGCUGCAAUGUAUCAAGCAUGUUUACCUAAUGUAGCAACUCAUAGAUUAAAAUUUGUUUUAAAGGAUCCUAUACGACAUAUUCCAGGACCAGGAUGGAUAAUGCAAAUGUAUGGUUUCCUUUAUAUAACUCGUCGCUGGGAAGAAGAUCAAAACCGAUUGUCACGUACCUUGGAUUAUUUAGUGGCUCUUGAUAGGCGCUCUCAAUUACUUAUAUUUCCCGAAGGUACUGAUCUAACAAAAAACAGCAAAGAGAAAUCUGACAAAUAUGCCAUGCAACAUGUUCUGCCACAAUAUUCUUUUACUCUUCAUCCAAAGACAACAGGAUUCAGUUAUUUAGUUCGACAUCUUCAACAAGCAAGUUAUCUCAAUGCUGUUUAUGAUUUAACGAUUGCAUAUCCUGAUUAUAUUCCACAAUCUGAAUUAGAUUUGAUCAAAGGAAAAUUACCAAAUGAAGUACAUUUUCAUAUUAAGCGAAUACCAUCAUCGGAUGUGCCAACAGAUGAUUUAACAUUAAGGCGAUGGUUAGAAGAAAAGUGGUUUAACAAAGAAGAAAUCUUAAAACAAUUUUAUGAAAAGAAAACUUUUCCUGCUGAAAUUUGGCCGUUAACAAAAUUACGUCCCUUGCAUAUUGCCUUUAGUUUCUGGAGCAUUCUAACAGGAUGUAUGAUAGUUUUACUUAUUAUUUCACCAGUAUUCCAAUUAUGGACACUGGUACAUUCAGCUUUUUUUAUUGCUCUAUCAUUUUUUACUACUGGUUUUAAUCAACUUGAAAUGGGAUGGUAUUGGCGUUGGAGAACACACUUCUUUACAAAAAAGAUAUGAUUAAUAAAAUUUUAAACUAUUUAAUGCAAAUAGAUUUCAGUAUUAAAUUCCAAUAUUAAAUUAAAUUAUUUCUAAAACUU